AUGAAAAUCUCAAGAGAAAGUUUAAUCAAUACAACACAGGGAGUCUUUUCACUUGCAAUAUUGUAUACUUUCCAGAAGCCACCAAAAAAGAAACUCUCGAAAAAAGAAAAGGCUCGCCUGGAAGCCGAACAAGCCGAGCUAUUACGAAUUGAAAUGGAAAAAGAAAAGCUUAAAAAAGUCGAAGAAGAACGACAACGGAAACAAAUCGAACGUGAACAAGCCGAAAAACGGCUACGUGUAGAAAUCCUAGAAAACAAGGAGCGCCGUCAACAACUAAAAUCAAGCAUGGCGUAUUUUAAUGACAUCCGUUCGUUAAUUGACACAAUCAAACAGAACGAAAAGGAAAACACCGAAUGGGAGAAGUUCAUGCGAUGCAAUGGUCUACCGAGCGCCAAUAGUCCAAGUGAUUUGCGAAAAUAUAUUCACAUGUGGAAGGUGGACAUUAAAUGUCGUCACGAGGAAGAACGCAAUUGGUUGUUGAAAACCAAUGAACGUACACUUCUCACACAGGAUUCAAAUGUUGCCGAUUUAUCACGAAGCGACCUGCGGAGACAGCAGGGCAAUUUGGGGGAUUUGUAUGCAGGUCGGAUCGAAGAGGUCCUUGGGAUACUAGCGGAAGUUGAUGAUUCUAUUGGUGAUUUAAAGCAGUCAAUAACAACGGUGACCGAUUUGAAUAAAUUGAAAGCGGAAAUAAGAGAUUUUCUGAGAGAUUAUCUAGAUGAGUUCACAUAUAAAAUUCUUUCGCAUGUCGAAAGGGAUAUGGAACCUGAUAGACCAGGAGUGUCUAAGCACACAUACAUAUCGAAUGUUUUUAAGAGCCAAGUUUGGACAAUAGCUGCGGAUGCUAACGUAAAUCCAAAGGAUAUAAAAGCAAAGGUCGAUGAAAAUCGUCACACCGAAAUCGAGUUUCCAGUCAUUGAUAUGCAAAUAACGUUGCCACCAUCUGUGAAAGUCACUAACUGUGCCUUUCGAGGCCUGUGGCUAAACUAUGACCACUUUAGUGACUAUUGUCCAACUUUUCGUCUAUUCAGGCAUAAAAAAGAGCACUUAAAUAUUCUACUUCAAUCGAAGAAGGAAUGGAAAAAACGCAAAGAAAUCCUUCAAUCAAUGCUCGAUGAGGCAUCCGAGGAAUUGCCAAUAACCGAUUUCGAUCCCAGUAGCGUGUCGGACGAACCGACCGCACCUCGUGAAAUUGACAUCGAUAAAAUAUACAAUGAUUACGAGGACGAACAAAAUAAGGCCCGCCGCAAGGACAUGGGGCUAAACGCGUCCGAAUUGGGUGAAUUCGAUGUGAACUUACGUAAGUAUCGCAUUAUUGGGGGUGUGUUCGUGGUCGAUUAUUUGGAACAGCCGCAGCAGGAUAAAAGAUUAAACACAACGUCCUUCACUCGAACAAUUAUUUCUCCUAGCAAACUCACAAGGAAGCCAUUUCGGCAAUCAUAUAAACCUCCGCCACCACCACUUCCGGGUGUUCGUAGAUUGCCAGAAGAAAUUGAAGCUGAAAUGCGAUUAAUUGAGGCAAGUUUGGACAAAUUGGGAUCAGUGAGUGUCGAAUUGCCAAAUUCUGUGAUAUGGUUUGAACCACCUAUCGCCUGUCGCUGGGAAACCGCAGAGGAGACAAUCGAAUUUGAUAACGAAGCAAAACUUUCUGUCCCAACUUCUUCUACGACUAUCGUUCCGGUUGAUGAUGAUGUUGCUGCUGCUGCUACAGUGAAAUCAUGCAAGAAACGAAAUGCCCUUAAGAAAUUCACCGACCGGAAAUGUUCUUAUAAUCUGACCUACCAACUUCCCGAAAGACAUAUCACAGAUUUCAACAUGCACGACAUACCAAACGGCCUAGAUAUUUACGGUCUUCUUGAAGAUUUUGUUAUUCCUCGUUUGCCAGAGGGUUAUUCCGUUCAAAUGGAAUGUAGCACAAACGAUGUCAAACCCAAAGUAACAUAUCUCUAUUUGGCCCGAAAUAAACUCAAAACAGCAGAUACCCUCAAAGGCACACCGAAAAUUCCAAUUCCAAUUACACAAAGUCUCAUAGAUGUGGGUUUUCCAAGAGAAUUUCAUCCUAAAUUUAAUUUGAAAAAAUCCGUUCGCAUUAAACGACCCGACGACGAUAAGGAGGACGAUGGGGGUGUUGAUGAGCAACAUGCCCACCAGGAAGAUAAGAAGAGUCAAGAGAUUGUUUCUUGCAAGGAUAUUACUAAGGAAGGAAACUCAGCUUGUUAUAUGUUUUCUCAACUCUUGGAGGAUCUUGAUCGAUUAUGUGAGAUUCAAAUGCCUUGCUUUAAUGAGCAUGUGGAGGAAGACACAUCGAAUUUGUCGUUAACUGGCAGUGAAGCUGGCGGGGAGUGUCUCGCACCGGGAAUACCCUCCCCGGAUCAAAGUAUUGGUAGGAAAUUCUCCGCCUGUGCUAUAAUUCAAGGAUUGCAAGUUAAACCUGCUAUCAAGCCACCAGACGAUGACGAUGUAAAAUCGGAGAAAGCUGAAAGCAGCUCCGAAUAUGAAGAUGAUGAAGACUUUCUGAGUAAACAACUGGUUGGGGAUGCAUUGGAUAAUGGAAAUCAAUAUUGCAAUGAAGUCAACCCACCCAACAGUUCACCACUUUUAUCGGUUGGAAAAUGGAGUCUCCGAGACAUACACGAUACAAAAUUUAACGAAGACAAACUUGCCAUUCAAUUUCGUGCUGGCUGCUUGGGAACAUUUGGGUUUGCAAUGAAUCGGUACUGCAAUAUGCCAUAUCAAACAUGGGAACUAAAGCCGGAUGUUAAACUUGCAGGAGCAAUCCAAUUCAGUUUCACAGCCUCCAUAAUCAGCUUGGACAUGACCAUCACAUCCGGUGGCUAUUGUGUGAAUUCUUUUCAAGGCGGCACCACAGACACCAUCACCAAGAUGGUUGGCAAAAUUCUGUCACUGACCGAACUAAAAUCGAUUUUAAUCAAAUGCGCUGUGGAUAUAUUCCCCGAUGAGGAUGCAUUCUGCUAUACGGAGGGUUCGUGCGAGAAGAAUUUUGUCAUGGAAAUGCAUUUGUAUGCCUGCAUGUCCACACUGGCCCUUUCACAUAAUUUCGGAUGGUCUAGAUGGAAUCUGCUGGCCGGAAGUCGCACUGCAGUUCUACUGAUGAGAGAGUUGGUGGAAAAUAAAAAGGUGCCUAACCAUUCAACACUUCAGGUGACACCACUUCGCACUGCUAUUAUCGAUUGCACUGAAGUGUCAGCAUGUUUCAAUCCUGUGCCUGCCCAAGGGAUGGGCUUUUACGCCGAUUUGUAUCAACUAUCAAAGGUGCAUAUGUUGCCUAGCAGUCGCGAAAAGCAAUUUUCUAUGGAUCCAGUCUUGAGGGAUAAUAUUGCACAGAUUCUGAUGGCAAUACGACCCUUGAGUUUUUGUUGAUAUUAUACCCUGGUGAAAAUUUGAAAAAAAAAUUCAUUCAUGGAUAUUGACAGUUUAUUUGAAAGUGAUGUGGGUUUGUCAAUAUUAAGAUUUAGGAAAUGAGAUAUUUUUUUUGACACACGUACAUACUUGGUAUCAUAUAUUUAUUAUUAUAUACUAUGUAUGUAUACAAAUGAAACAUUAAUAAAAGUGUAAAAAAAAUACUUUGUGAGAAACAAAUUGGAUAAAUAAAAUUGUGGAGUUUGUACAUGCUAGGUUUUUAUCAAAAUCAUAUAUUUCAUGCUUCGCAAAUAACAAUAAAAUGAGAAAAAACACUAAAAUUAUUUGAAACUUGACAACGCUACACGGUUAAAAAUUCUGGAUUAGUUUUUAAGACAACCUUUGGAAUUAGGCCUUUUUCAAUACAAAAAUAAUUAGUUUUUAAUAUUGCUA